GAGCUCGUUUCCAGGGUUUUGAAUUGAAUACGUCUUCCCCUAAGGCUUCAGUCUCUCUCUCCCUCUCUCUCUCUCUCUCUCUCUCUGAAAAUGGAGUCUCUUGCUAGACUGCACAACUGUCAUCAAACCCUACACCUCUCACUCAAUCACCGCCGUCCGUCAUUCCCGGAGCCCAUAUCUUCUCUCUUCCUCACAGCCCCAACGCCAUCAUCGUCAUCAUCAUCAGCACCGGCCAGAGCCUCAUCAUCACCAUCAUCAUCAUCAUCAUCGCCGGACCCACUUCACAGAACCACCCAGAACCCCAAACACGCACUCUGCCAAACCCUCAAGUCCCUCCUCAGAAUAACCCUGCCCACCAUCGCCUCGACAGCCACAGCAGCAUUACUCUUCACGCGGAUGCGCUUCGACCCAAAGCCCCUCAUUUCUCAACCGUCAACCCAAGAACACGUCGGAGAGAGCAACGGCGUUAAGAUUAGCUACUUUGACCUUAAGGUCAAGAUGAAAGUUGUAGACUUUGUGCUCGAAGUAAAACCCGACGACCAAGCUUGGCAUUUGCUCAAGACCCAGCUUCGUGGUUAUAGCCAAGAGCUCGAAUCCGCCAGAUUUGGGUUCCAAGAGAUAUUGGCCAAAGACUUGUUAUGCCACAGGGCUCGCUGUGGCGACAUAAGGGAGUGUUUGGAAAUGGCUGAUGAACUCGAGGGCUUGUCCAGAGAAAUAGAGGAGGCCAUGGACAGGUGCAGGGACAAGGACAUCAAGUAUUAUUUGAAGGAUUUCAAGGGCUUGGUUGCGCGAGUAAGGGAUUCUAAGGGGGACGUGUUUCGUGCAUUGAAGUAUUUUCAGGAGCUUGAGCACGAGGAGGACAACGAGCUAUAGCCGAAAGAACUUGUUUCCAUGCGGUGUCAUGCUUCUUGGUACUUUACUGCGUUUGUUUAGGUUUUGUUAAUGCCUUUUGAUGCUCUCGUAGCUGUAGAUUAUAGGUUGAACAUACAGAUUAGAGAGAGGCUCUGAGGGAGAGUAAUGUUGAGUGAAUCGGUUAUAGGUUGUCUCUCAAUUUGUGUAGUAGAAGAUAGUUAGCGAGGUAAAUUUUUAUUUACACUGGUUACUCGGUAGCAGAAAUAGUUACGUUUCUAGUUUCGUCAUUAUCUUAGGCCAUCAUGUGAAUUCAAAAAAGCCAUUAUUUGAAUUUCCUGCAGACAUUAUGAAUUCAUAAAAGACAAUCUAAGUGAUAGUCUCUAUCUGUCUAUCUUGUCCUGCAGCUGUGCAUUUUUAUUUUCACAUGAAAUUCAUUGCAUUGUUUAUUGAGUUUGUUAUUAAAAAAUGCAACUGGUGGAACUACACUGAAGCCAUUAUUUUCAAUGUUGUUGGUGCAAGCAAAUGGGGCGGAGAAGGAUUAGGUUCAUUAUUGUGGAAGUCGAGGCCAAUAACUUUUUAUUUUUUAUUUUUUGUGGUAGUCUAGUAAAGAUUAGAUUUGUUUGUUCUUUUGGGUGAUUGAUAUGGAUGAGAUAUUGAUAAAGCAUCAAUUUAUACAUAUGAUUUUGAAGAAUGCUUAAUAUGUCAAGGCCUACCAGCCAUUUGUUUCUUUGGGUGACCGGUAUGAGAAAUGCCUGCUGUAGAACUCUGAAAGCAUUUUUUUCUAAGUCAUUGGUGCAAGAAAAUGGCAGAGAAGAGGUGAGGUUAUUGUUGUUUGUGGGGGGGGGAAGGGUAUUGUAUGAGAAGUUCUUGUAUUAAAGGCUGGUGUGAAUGAUAUUAUCAAUAAAGCAUCAAUGUAUGAAAUGGGAAAAAGUGCAAGAACAAAGUUCUACGGUAGUUGGCCAUGAGAAUGAGUCCCUUACUGACUCCUAACUGCAAGUACUCUUAUGGUGGUCAAAUGGGGUUGUUUUGUUGGUAUCAUCUAGUAUAGUUCUGGGAUUUAUGGUCAAGAGCUAUGUGUUAGCCAAUCCAGAUUGGAUAUGUGAAGGAAGAUUUUGCCUUUCAUCAAUCAGUGGUUAUGUGCAACAUGGUAGUAAAAUAGUCAUCGAAAUUGGAGAAGGAGGCUUUUCAUCAGGGGCAUUGGGACCAUCCUCAAGGAGAGGGCCAUAAAAAGAGAAAGAAUUAUUAAGUUACAGGAGUGAAUUGAAUUUAAAUUUAUGGGUAGAGGGGGAGGAUGCUAACCGCAUGAUUUUUCAUUUCUCUAGAAAUUCUCUGAUUGUGUCUUUUGGCAUUCCAUUUUGUUCAGCUUUGUUAGGUGGGGACUGCAAAGCGUGCCACGAUGGGUAUUUGCAAAUGUCUGGCUGUCUGAAUUGACAGUAUUGCCACAGGCAGGCUUUGAUGGAGUUUUCCAUGGGAUGUUCUAACUUCUUGAAUAAUGUUGGAUGGCUAUUAGGAUGAGUUGGUGGGAACAAGGUCAGUACAUGUGCUGAAAAGGGACCAUGCUCAGUGCUCACUAGUAGUAGAUUAAAGGGUAGUGCCUAUGUAUAUAGUCAAUUGCUUGAUUUGACUGUGUUACUCAAUCUUAGCAUCUUGGAGAAGACAAGCCACCGCUGCCAAACAAAUUUUGCAGAGAUGCGUAAGAGGAAUAAAAUUUGCAGACAAACUGGUUUUUCCAAAGCAAUGGGCUGGUCAGUUCUAGUUGACUGUAGUCAGACAUCAUUGAUGCAGCUGGUUAUUUCCCAUAUGUGGGCAUUCUGAACCUGAUCCACCAAGUGCAUAAUGUCCGCUGUGGAACGUCCGGACUUCCAUUCAGAAACUUGGGGAAGGCGUAAAGGCGUGUCUAUGGUGAUAGAUGUGUACAGUCUUUGAUCGUGCGUUUGCUCCCGGAGCUGUCUCAUUGAGUCGGAGCCUCGUUCCAUGAUGUUCUCAACAUCCACAAUCUCCAAGGUAAUGUUGGUGCGAUGUAUGUGGUUGAAUUCAAAACACAGUGGGACACCGCGGAUGAUAUGACUGCAAUGGUAGCUGCUAAGCUGGUGCCAGAAUCGACUGCAAAGAUAUAAAAUGAUAAAUCCUGUGGCUUCCAUCAAGAAUUUCAAAUAUAAAAUGAUUAAUUCAUCCGUUGGAUCUGAAGGAUCUCCUGUCAAAAAGGAAAAGUAGACAAAUAUUAUUUACUUCAAUGUUGUGUCUCUAUGUCUUAGAGUUCAUAGUUGAUUAUUCAACAAAAGGUGUGAAGUGAUGUUAGAAUUAAUUAUUUUGCAUGUUAUGUAUUACAAGGAUGUUAUUAAUUUGCUAAUGGAAGGGUGAUGCUUUCUCUA